AUGGAAGUGAUGGCAUUCGCUGGAAAAGAUCCACUAAGAGCUCCAAUAUCUCUUGCUCUAGAAAUAGAGGUGUAUGCGAACUCGAUCGAGUCGGUCUACAGAGGACUUGGUCGAGCUAGACUUACAACGGGUAGAAAGAGGGUUCAGAGGUCACAGAGGGUACAAGAGGAACCUGAGGUGCUUGUUGCUGAUACAAUGGACGUACCAGAGGGGAAUGGAAACCCUUUGGGCAAUGGACUCGGUCGAGCUAGGCAAACUCGACCGAUUGGUCAAGGAGAUGCUCCAAACCGCCACCAACAGAGACAAGGGAUUGUUCCACCACCAGUGCAGAACCACAACUUUGAGAUCAAGCUGGGAAUGAUCAACCUUAUCAAUGGUGUCUCUGAAGAUGCCAUCAAGCUGAGACUCUUUCCUAUGUCUCUAGCUGACAAAGCUCACCAAUGGGAGAAGAGCUUGCCCCAUGGCACAAUCACCACUUGGGAUGAAUGCAAGAAGGCCUUUCUUGCUAAGUUUUUCUCCACCGGUCGCACAGCCAAGCUUAGAGGAGAGAUAUCCAGCUUCAUCAGCGAAACAAUGAGACAUUCGCAGAGGCUUGGGAGAGGUUCAAAGGGCUACACAAGUCAGUGCCCACACCAUGGAUUCAACAAUGAAUCUACUCUCCACUCUUUAUAG